AUGGAUUUCCAACCAGACCUUCCUAUCCCGAUCUCCUAUGUAUCCGGUAGAUACCUGUUGUUCUCAAUUGACGCCGUGACAUACCUGCGACGUGAGCAUCACAUCUGCGGUGUGCUCAUCGGGACGCUGCCCCAGAUCCCUCAGCAAAAUGUCUUCCUGGGCCUCCCAUUGGAGCUGAUGCCCGAGGAGGCACGUCUGUUAGUGGACAAGGGUGUAGCUUGCAUCGUAGACGAAGCCAAGGCACACGAUGGCAUGAACACCCUCCUAGAAGAGGAUCGCAGACGGUACCUCCGCGACCUCGAAUCCCAAGGCCUGCAUGUCUCGCGCAUCCAAUCGGAUCGCAAAGAGCGCAACCGGGAACAGACCUUGAAGAAAUUAGAAGAAAAGAAAGCAAAAGCCAAGGCUAAGGCCAACACCAGUGCUGCUGCCGCCCAGACGCCUACGGUUCCUGAGGAGGCCACUUCCAUCCCGUCGCCGAAGAACGCUGCCAUCGUUGACCUCUUCAACGCAGAGGAUCGCUCAUCGUCUCCAUCGACCGCCUUGACGAGCACGCCCCCUCAAGGCGCAGUGGCCAUUACCCCCGCAACAUCUUACCCGCCCCUUCCCACUCCUCCACCAUCGAGCCACCUUUCAGCACCCGCGGAUACUUCUCUCUCUCCCGGCCUUCGCUUCGGGUGUCAGUACAUGGCCUACCCGGGUGAUCCAUUGCGUUUCCACUCACACUUCCUCGUGGUGUCCUACGGCUGGGACCAAAAUAUCGAUAUCAUGGAUCUUGUUGUCGGCGGAAGACUGGGAACUGGUGUGAAGAAGGGUUUCUUGAUCGGCGGAGCACAGAAGGGAAUUGAUGAGGUCGAUUCGGAGGCUGACCGAGUGGAUACUGUGCGUGCUUUCAGUCUUGAAUGGGCUGGAAUGUGA